GACGUAACUGAGGCCCAGGCUUGCCCAAGGUCACACAGCAGACAAGUGGCGCAGACAAGGGUCAGGUCACGCAGGGGAAAGGAUGCUAAGCGGAGGUACAGGGCCAAAAAAAGCUAGGCGUAAGCUGACUCUGGCCGCCCCUUGGUUGGAAGGGAGGGGAAAAAACUCCAAUGGAGGCCCCUCCCUAGUAACCAUGGCGACAGCACAAGUCCCUGUAAGAGGCCCUCGCUCUUCGUUUUCUCAGUGAGAGGGAGGGGCCUAGUGCGGCAAAGCGCUCCGCUCGGCUUUCGGCUUUCGGCUUUCAGAUCUCGCGCCCUCUCCGUACAUCACAUCCGGUUCGUCCCCGGAAGAAGCGCGAAGGAGCCACAUUCGAAGUGAAAACGGUAAAAUAGUUGUCGUUUAUCGCCCCCGCCGCCGCCCCCACCACCACUGGAUCGUCUCCAGCUCAACUCGGGUUUUUGGUUGCCAUAAAUCCAGAAAAUGCCGAUCCGAGCAAUCUGCACUAUCUGCUCUGAUUUCUUCGACCAUUCCAAAGAUGUGGCCGCCAUCCACUGUGGACACACUUUCCACUUAGCUUGCCUCACUCAGUGGUUUCAGACUGCCCCAAAUCAGACCUGUCCCCAGUGCCGAGUCCAGGUCAACAAAAGAACCGUCAUCCAUAAGCUGUUCUUCGAUCUUGCCCAGGAUGAUGAGCACUUCUUGGAUCCUGAAAGCUUAAAGAAUGAACUAGAGCAAACCAAAAGCAAGCUGCUUGAGAAAGAGAAAGAGAAACGAGAUUGUCAGUCAAUCAUUGACUCGCUGCGGGAGACGCUGGACGUGCGCAAUGGUACCAUCCAGGCACUGCAUAGGACCCUGGGCGAGUCAGAGAUGCUGUGCUCAACCCUCAAGAAGCAAAUGAAAUAUCUGGAGCAGCAGCAGGAUGAGAACCAGAGUGCCAAGGAGGAAGCCCGCCGGCUGAGGAACAAGAUGAAGACCAUGGAGCGGAUUGAGAUGCUGCUCCAGAGCCAGCGCCCUGAGGUGGAGGAGAUGAUCCGAAACAUGGGCGUGGGGCAGUCUGCGGUGGAGCAACUCGCUGUCUUCUGUGUGUCAUUGAAGAAAGAGUACGAGAAUCUGAAAGCGGCCCUGAAGACUUCGGGUGAUGUGGCAGACAAGCUAAGGAAGGAUUUGAUCUCUUCCAAGAACAAGUUGAAGACAGCAGUUUCUGAGCUGGACAAGACCAGUGAAGAACUGAGGUCAACCCAGAAGGAUCUACAGAUUUCCGACAAGGAGAUCCUGAGCCUGAAGAAGAAACUCUCAGUUCUGCAAGAGAGCCUAAACCUGCCAUCCCUCACCAGUGAGACCCUCAGUCGGCUCGUCUUGGAGAGCCCCGCUCCAGUGGGAAUGCCAAGCCUGAAGCUGCACCGUCCCUCCCUCGGUGAGGACAUUGACCUAAACACCACCUUCAACAUGAACACCCCUCCGCCUCGGCCGUCUGGAUCUCAAGUCGUCUCUGCCAAGAAGAUGCGGCUGGAGAAAGCCCACACUUCGGCUCCUGAGCUCACCAAAAGAGUCUCCAGAGAUCACAUGGAGAUGCAGAACCUCAAAGUGAGCAGGCCAUCCCUUGGGGGACAGCACUGGGCUAGAGAACAGGAUGAUGAGCUGGUGGGGAAGUUUCCCUCUUUCAUCAAGAAUGCUGCAUUGUCCAAGAGGCUUGGGAGCAGCAGCCUGCUGGAACCCUCCAAGGACAGAGGAGCUGUGAGGAUGGGCUAUGAUGGGCUUGGAGGCCGGACCAAGUACAUACAACCUACAGACCCAAGCACAAUCCGUCCACUUCCCGGCAAAUCAAAGGCCAAGUGCAGAGUUGACUCCAGGCCAGGCGCCUCUUAUCAGGGGAAGCUGGAUACCUUCCUGAGGUAACUCCAGAGCGAGGAGGCAGCUAAGGCUGAAAGGAGCAGGGCGGGUGGGGCCAACAAACUAGCCACACCCUCCGGGUAGUAGGCUCUCUCUUCAAUCAAGCCUCUCCAGGUUCCAGCCCUCCUCUUGGAAUUCCUACAGACUGGACUGCUGCAAGGGCCAGCAGCAGCAUCAGAAACUGACACAAAUAACACGGACACUGAGACCGAAGGGCACUAAUUCUAGCCCCUCACCCCCACCCCCUCAAAGGCUGGUUGGCUUCCAGGGAUGGUUUGAGGCAUCAGAGACUUGCGAUGUGCACUCCAGUCUCCCAAAGCAGAGAUCAACAUGUAUUAGCCAUUCUCUCCCUCCUCCCUUCCUUCUUUCUCCCCUCCCCUGCCACACUUGAGCAACAUGAGAUGUGGAGACCAGAUCAAGUAUACACAACCUGACUCUCUUCACGGCUGACCCCUUCACUGAACUGGAUGUGGGCCCUCAGCCAGUGAAGCAGCUAACUGGAGGAGAGGAAGAGGAGUCAGGAGGAGAACUGCAGCCCACUGUGUGCCAGGAUCAUUCUUUCAGUUCCCUGGCCAGUACUGCAAUAGCCUGCUCAGGUGCAGUGGAGUGCAGCCAGGGAGAGGUUGUGGGCUGCUUCUCCCUUUUUAAGUCCCCUGGAGAUUGUCUGCCUUAGGCCCGGAACCUGAAGCUCGGCUGUCCCCAGCUUGGGUCCUGCCUGACAGCAUGACCAGGCUCUGGUUAAGUGCAUCUCAGAAGUCCAGUUGUCUGAUUUAUUGUGGAACUAAGCCUGCCCUGUUUGUUGGUCCUAGCUCAGAGAAGCUUCUUUGAACAAAUAGUCAAAAUGGAGCCCAUUGACUUCAGGUUGACUCUGCAAGUGUGUUUUAGUGGCUGCCCUGAGUGGUGCAACCUGUUUUAAAAAGACUUGGUUUUGCUGCUGUUGUUGUGAUGGAUUUUUUUUUCAAUGCUCUACUUAGGACUGUCUUUUGGAACCAUUCCAGGCUCCUAUUCCUACUAUCUCAUUUCACACAUACAUACCCUUUCCAUUCCUUCCCAAGGACAGAGCGGCCCCAUUUUGCCAGGACUCUGGCACUAGGUUAAGUCCUCAAAGACCAAGCCUGGGAAGGAGACUCUUUGGGGGCAAGUGAGGGGACGGGCUAUGGUACUGCCCUCUUAUGGCUUGCCCCAAAGCAAGCUGCUUGGGUGCUCCCCCUUACUCUCUAGCCCAGAGGUGGGGGUUACCUUAAUAGCCAUUAAUACCCUCAUGGUAGAGUGAGGGAAAAUCAUAAGACCAAAUAAUGACCCUUGAGAAGCGAAUGACUGGAGGUACUGGAAGGGCCGGAGAAAAUCAAAUGAGGUAUUUGAGGAAAAUAAUGACGUUAGACUGCCAUCAAAUGGGGAAGCUAUACCCCACAAUUCAAAGGGAUACACCCCACCUUGUGAAACAUAUCUAUAUCGAGAGAUAAAUUUGCCCGCUGACUUCCGUGCCGUUGAGAUCUGCGCCAGAACCAGCCCCAUCAUGGGGGAAAAUACCUCACUAAUCUGCUGGAGUUCUUUGAAGGUGUCAGUAAGCAUAACAGAGAGUGACCAGAGGACAUAUGCUCUAUUGAUUCCAUGAAAAUUAGUGUUAGUAUUUUAGCUUGCUGUAAGAAAUGAAGGUCAGUAGUGUGUUCCUCAAACAAUAUGAGCUAAUAAAAGACAAUAUGGUUACAUGAUCAAAUUGCAAUGUAAAUAUGUACCAAUAAAA